AUGAAGGCUGCCAUCACGUCUCACCGCUCCUGGGCCAUUUCAAGCACAAAGGGCCCAAUGGCGAACAUGUGUGCUUCGUUUUCGAUGUUCUCGGCCAUCAUCUGGGGUUUCAAACCGUGCAACCUAAAACCAACAAACAUUCUUUUGGAGCUCGAGCAUUCCCAGGACGCUAUCUCCCGGUAUUUGGCGGCGGUUCCUCCGCGAACAAGUCAUCAGGAUGGGUUUGCAGUGCCACUUCGAGAAGUUAUCAAGACCCCUUUGGUUUCCGAAAUGAAGCAGCCUCGCAUCAGAAUUGUCGACUUCGGCGUAGAGUUCGUUCAAGGAAUAGUUCUCUUUUCCGGCAUAGCAUCAGAAAAAGGGUCUUGGACAGCCGACGAUGACCGUUUAGCAAAGAUGAUUGAAAUUCUCGGCCCCUUUCCUCCAGAAUUCCUCAAAACGGGAAACCGUACUGCCUCCUUUUUUGAUGAGAAAGGGAAUCUCCUCAGACUUCCAGAUUUGCGUCCUACCACAUUGGAACGGUUGAUUAAUGGAACUUCAAAGCCAUUUAUAAAGCCACAGGACAUGACUGAUGCGGACAUUCCUAUUUUCAUUGACUUCCUUCGUGGGAUGCUUGCAAUUGACCCCAAACGUCGGAAAUCUGCUGCCGCGUUAUUACAGCAUGAAUGGCUAAGACCUUGA